CAUCGGACAAUCGCUCCAUUGAUCCCACGCGAUCUUCAAACAAGAAUGCGAUAUAUAACAUUUCCAUUAACAACACACACUAGAUCACACCCGUUAACUCAUUUAUUUUCAACGAAUCACGUAAAAAUAGAAAUUCGGCAAACCUAGGAAUAGAAAAAGAGGGAAGAACAACUAUUCUUGGAUCUGAUCAUCGCGAUCAUCUGAAAUAGUGAAGGGACAAACUUCACGUUUGUGGUACAUAAUUAUAUAUGUAUAUGUAUAUACUACACAUGCAUACGUGUUAAUGCCUGGCACACAGACACGAUAUAUAGCAUCAACCCCGAUAAUCGUUAAUCGUCGAAUGGCCAGCUGUCGCCAGGGCAGAAUGCCCGAAUGAUAACAAUCGCGCAGUGAUCCAGCUUCUACGUUCAAGUCAUAUUACCCUACUGUCACUCGCAAAGGUAUAAAAAAAGAGUAGCAACUGCAAUGUGCAAUGCAGUGACGACAAUGGUACCGGCAUGCGUCGCGGCAGCGGAAGAUCCUCUGGAGUCUGAAUAGUUUUGAAUCCAUUUUCGGUCAUCGGAGUUAAAUUAUAUGUUUCAUUUCUUUUUCUGUUGCAAUAAACGAUAAAAUAUCGGUACUGUAAAAUCCGUCAUCUUUCUGACCAAUCACGCUUCAAGCUUACAAUUAGUAAAUCACCGACACAAGCGCGAUUACUGAGGACGUGAAGUUAGUUCGCGCAAAAUCUUUGACGUAAAGUGAACAGUUUAAAGCUGUGUUUAUUCAAUUUUUGUUCGAGCUAUAUUUAUUCCGCGCUAUUUCCCUUGGCUACACCAGGACAAGAUCUGAUGAAGCGACGAAAGAUGUGCGUACGGAACAGGUGUGCGACAGGUACGAAAUAAAACGCGUGGGAGAUGAGAGGAGAGGCAGCGAUAAUGCGAAGCAAACGCGGUGUUCGCUACCAUUUAUCCAUCGAUCGGUCACGAGUGCGAGACAGCAAGCGCCGCGACGCCUUCUCUUCUUUUCUUAAGCCCGGCGCGUCCCCACCUGUGCUGCCUGUGCUCGUUCACGAUCGUGUCAGACAUUUGAGCACCACGUCGGAGAACACGAAUCUCCCUCUUUCUCUCGCUCCCUCCUCUCUCUCUCCCUUUUGUUUCCUCUUUUUCCCUCGCGCGCGCACACACACACGCACUUGCUUUCUCUCUCUCACACUAUCUCCUCCGCGCUCUUUUCAUUCGUCGUUCAUCGACUCGACGUCGCCGUCUCGCGCGAGCAGAACACCAAGAUUCCGUCGUCGACGUCCCGUGCGUGCGAUUUCGCGUAUUCGUUCCACGAAAUCCGCGAGUGACGAACGAACAUAGGAGCCAUGCGAACGUACGCUAUUAUUCCGUUUCGUCGACGACCGUCCCGCUUUCUUCUCUUUUUGCUGAUAAAAGAACGCGGUGUUCGCCGCGCGAGUGUUACUACCGUGUGCGUGUGAGUUUCGCGUUGCGAUUAGGCGAGUGACGAUCGGUGUCUUCGAAUAUCACGAGAAAGGCACCAGGUAAUUACGACUUAGCGUGAGACCUCAUCGAGACAAGAUGCGCGGAGCGAUCAGCUUCUUCGAAGUGUAUCCCGAUAAAACUUGAGAAACGUUUCUUCCGCGAGUGUUCAGUGGAUGGAAAAUCAAUAUACCGUUUUUCAAUAUUGCCGAUGUGCGAGAUUUCCUGUUUUCCCCGUGUCACCGUGCGCUUUGUCCGCUGAAUGGCAAAGCGGUGAACGACCGUUUCUAGGUCGAGCAAGAUUUGUGGUAGGCUUGGUAAUAAGGGAUUUCAGGUGCUGCUGGGAGGGAAAGGAAAUUGGAACAUCGAACGUUGCCGGGGACACCUUCGCUGUUGGCCUCUGACGUCGGAAACGUUUUCUCACCCCUGACCGAUCACCACGUCGAAUUGGGUCACCGGGAGGCAGCAGCGGCAACGAUAUCAAACGGAAUUCCUAAACCUGAACACCGGAACCUAGCGACGAUUCGACAUGUUCUGUUUCCAAACGCCGUUCACCCGCGCGUCACGCGUGCUCGCCUCGUCUCUCUCGUCCAGCAAGUCGAAGACCACGUCCGUGGACAUGAUCCUUCCGGGAGACAAGUCGCCGAACUCCAAGUGCGACAGACAGGACUCGGAAGCGACUAGCGAGGGUUCCGGUUCCUCGAUCGGAUACAUCGACCAAGAACCGUUGGUCUCCGACACUAGCAGCACCGACAGUACGCUUCCGGAUAUCAAAGCGGACUACCUGGAUCCAGAGACCUUGUCACCGGGACCGGAUUCUAUCGCUCCCGCUUCCUUGGACGUAUUGGAAAACGGGAUAGGCGAUCCACGGGAUUAUGACAAACGGGACCCUGAAAAGCGAUCGUAUAGCAAUAGACGGUGCAAGAAAUUGUUGCUCCGACUUUGUUCGAACGAAUCUUCGGGAAGCAACAAGGAGAUCGACGACGAACUAUCAGGUUCGAUAGGGGACGAGAAGAAGGAUUACAAAGCAGAGGAAGAGAUAAUCGCGUCUCUGGCGUACUCCUCGCCGUCGGUGUUGAUCGAUUCCGUUGACGAUGAGGACGAUGACGAGGAUGACGAAAACGCGUUUGGAAACUCGAGAAUAAUCUCGGAGAACGAUAUUCGGAACGGGUUCAGCGAGUCGGAGAAGGAGAACGCAUCGAACCAGGAAACGGAAACGGAAACCGAGGAAGGAUCCUCGUUGCCGUUGAGUCCCGCUGGUCCUACUACUGGUUUGUCUUCGUCCACCGUACCUUACUACAAUUUCCUCUGCGUAAACGGCGGAGCGAUGCGCCAGGAGAUGACCAGCACCAGUUCGCCGCAACUAUCCUCGAACGGUAACCACCGAUCCAGCGUAGAAUCUACUCCAGCCGAUGUUCGCGACUCGUUUAACGCGGGUAACAGUUUCGAGAUCGAAACGAAGCCGGAGCGUUUGGAGAGCGCGUUCUGUUUGCCCGCCGCGAGGUCUUGUCCCAAUUUGGAGAGACAGAGCGCAGGCUGUUCUCCGACCAGCGGUUCCAGCGGUUCUAGUCCUAGUCCUGGCCCCGUGGGACCCAGAUUCAAACCGAUAGAGGAAGGGGACAUUCAAGUAUGCUUCCUGAAUUACACGAAUCUCGUUAAGAAGAUCCUGUCGAGCAAAUACUUGAGGAGAUGGGAGACGCAUCAUCUUUAUCUGAACGACACCUGUAUCACUUCCAAAACGCGCACAGGAUUUUUUCGACAACCGAUACCGUAUAGCAACAUGUCCGAUAUACGGAAAUACGCUGUUGCUAGAUGGGAUCCUACUUAUAAGAAUUGCCUGAGCAUAGUUCUACCGAACAGUUCUCUUCUUCUCCAAGCGAACAAUGCUUACACGAGGGACCAGUGGUAUCACUCGAUACUGUGGAAGAGGAGUAUCUUCAAAUAUCAACAUUUGCUGUCUUUGAACACUCGGGAAGAGGUGAUUAUCAAGGAGCUGAAAUCGAUGGUGGAUUUCGCGUUGUGGACUUCGCUGCAGGACGAGAGAGUGUCCGUGGCACCGUUGGAAGCCGUUGCGAAACACUUGGAAGAUUCGGUAGUGGAGGAUCCGUCAGAUUCCGAGAAAUCUACCGAAGAGAUAUCUCGCUAUCGGAACGAUAGGAAGCACUGGGCGGAAGCUGUACUUUCGGUAGUGUCCCCGCUUUUGGACAAAGUCGCGCUUCCGGUUUGUUUGGCAAAGGUUCUCGUCAAGUUGGCCCAACAGCAUCCGCAGUCGUCUUUGGUCACGGCCGUGAGCCCAGCGAUCACCAGGUGUCUCAAGCACACGGUCGACUUCGGCAAGUCCCUGGACAUGAGGAAACUGUUGCAAGUUUUCAUCGCCGCUCUGUAUGCGACGGGCGGAGAGCAAGCGGUCAGAGAUUACAUCAUUUCGGUUCACGGACCCGGAAGCGACUGUCCUCAUCCGAGAGUGCUACCGAAUUUAGUAUCCGUCUGCGUUGCCGCGAUUUUUCAUAGAUUCGAGGUAGCUAAUCGUUCCUUGCCGGAGAACGAUAAAUCGCUGAGUCUGCCUCCGCUGAAUUGCUAUCUCUUGGUGUUAAAUAUCACCUCCGAAUACGCCGAUUGGAGGCCGGAACUGGGUGCUCUAUUGCAGCCGGUCCCAUUUCCCGAGGAGGCCUUCACGGUGAAAGAAGUACAGCAAUCGAUACUGAUGCGCGUGAUGGAUCGCUUGGCAAAGGAUACGAGAUGCGUCGUACAUCGCGUUCUGCUCCCGGUCAGGGAACUCAGGCCCGGAUGGAUCCACAUCGCGGCACCGUCCAGUCCGGAUUGUCCCGAUCAAGGAGAACUGUUCGGACAAAUGUUGACGACGUUACUGGCGUGCUGCUGUCGACGGAAGAAGUUCAUCGGCUGGCUAACAAAGCAGGUCCGCGACGAUUGCAUACUCCUGGCGGUGAGAGGCUGUGAGGCGGCGCAAGAAGCUCUUUGUUUGAUGCUGGAAUGGCAUUUGUUGCCGAGCAAAGAAACCAAAUUGCAAAUAGUUAGCGCGCUGGAAUCAACGGCCACGGGCAAGGAACACUACGCCGCGCUAUGUCAGAGGCAAAGGAAUUUGCAGCAACUGUUACGGAAAGGUGGCCCCAGAAGGUUGACGCUACCAGCCAGGGCGACGGACGCCGACGUCGCUCUGCUUCUGAACGGGAGAGCUCUCGGCAGUCUGGAGUACCUUAGCUUGGCGUUCACUUCUGUCACAUCGGCCUGCGCUGAACAACUGAUCAAAUUGCCAGCGCUUAGGCACUUAAAUUUAUGGGCGACGCAAUUCGGCGACGCUGGCCUACAGAUGAUCAGCGAGCAUUUGCAGAAGUUGCAGGUUUUGAAUCUCUGUGAAACCCCGGUCUCCGAUAAAGGAAUCUCUGCCUUGGCCUCACUGACAAGUUUGAAGAAGCUGAACUUGAAUAGCACGAAGCUGUCCGUUCAGACGUUCGAAUUGCUGAAAAAGUGUUUGCCGGCUCUUCAGGAAUUUGACGUUAGAUACACGGACGCUUGGUAGCCAGAGCUUUCGUUCGGUGACUCGAGCGCUCUAGAGAAAAGACAAAACUCUUUGAAUUGAACGCGAGAGACGAUAAAACGUAAACAAAUCCGAAGUGUCUGUUACGAUCGCGCGGUAAGAUUUUUCGAGCGAAAGGUAUUUACGAUCAUCGGUGAAAUUGGUCAAAAGUAAAGUACGUGACCAGGAGCACGAUAAAAGCCUGGAGGAUACACGAAGGGGGAACGAUCAAGGAAGCUUCCAAGAAGUCGCGUAUUGUCCAACGAUCGUCCGGAUUAAAAGGUAACGAGACAUUUGAUCAAACAUUAAAAUAGGUGGAAAUCUGAAUAAUAAAAAAUAAAGAUAUCGUGUCGAACGGCACAGGGACUUGCGAACACUCGAAUCCGAAUUACCGCUCGGUCGAUCGUAAGUCUCGAAGUGCCUUGCCUUUUACGCGAAUCCUACGUGUUUCGGUCGUUUCAUUUAAUACACGUAUAAUUUUAGUCGGAUUAAUAUUUAUUGACAUCGACGAUGCGUAGACCAUGAAACGUAUAAUAAUUUAUAACGGUCGUUCGUCGAAGUGAGCGUAGUAGACUAAUAACUCGUACGUAUAUUUAUUUGAGAUUCUUUUCCCUUCUGUAAAUAUCAUUCGACGGACUCAUUAUUCUAUCGAAAGACAUUUCUUCGAAUGUGAUCUAGCACAUAUACACGCAUGUAUAAUUAAGUAAACGUAGCUUUAUAAAGGGAACAGAACUAUGCAUUUAACGAAGGUUCAAUUUCGAUCGUGCUAAUAUCAAAAGGACACCAAAUAGCGAACUAGACAAGGAUAGUGUGUUUUACGUUUAAUAAGUGGUACGGUUUCAGUUCGAUCACCGAAUUAAGCGCGCUAAGACUCGUUCUUUUAAUCUAAGUAAGUACAAUUUGAAAAACACGUCGUUGAAACGUUCAAUUCUCAGAAUAACUAUAUUAAGAAUCCAAUGAUCCUAGCUCGUAAGAAACAAAUUUCGUGUAUAGUACUGUCGACAAAAAUCUACUCUCGAUGAAGAUAUAUAUAUAUACGUAUACAGGGUGUCAGGAGGGAUCGCGAGCUCUUCGAAUUUGGUAGAGGUACGUAGACGUACUAUAGUCGUUAACUACGCAUUUGUUCUAGUCAACCACCUAAAGUUGAACGAUAUUCUUUUUCCUACGUUUACUACUUAAGUAUAAUUUUACUUUGACUCGCGCGUUCACAUUCUAAAAGUUCGUGAUCCUGUUCUCCGUAUCUUCUACAUUAUAAAUGCCGUCUAUACUAAAUUUCUUCCAGAUAGUUGUACUAUAAUUCGACAGGAUUAACUUGGUCGUGCAUGUGAAACCACGCGAACUAAACUCAUUAUCGACGCUCGAGGUGUUCAUUAUAGUCGCGACAGCCGAAAAUUCGAAGAAAAAAAUUGCAAACGAUUAUAUGUAUAAGAAUGCACGGUGGAAAGUCAGAAAAUCAAUCCCUUCCAGUUUUAAAAAAGUUGUUUCUUCGCGGAACGAGUACACGUUCCGAGCCGAUCGAUAAUCCGAUAAAUAAAGAGUUAAACGAACGCGGUAGAGUUACACGCAUGCAUGCACGCAUGUCGUCGCGCGUGUCACUUUGAGAUUCUCGCUCGGUUUAUUGGAAAACAAGAGAAUUCCUCUAUUUUUUGACUUUCCUUCGUAUCUCGAUACGGGAAACGAACGUCACAGUGAGACUCGACAUCGGACUUAUUUUAUCUAUACUUGGCUGAUACAUAAAUAUGGAUGAACUUUUAACCGGAAAGAAAGAAAGAUGCAUUUUCGAAAAAGAUUUUUGCUCUUUUUUCCUUUUUGAAUAGCGCUCAACUGCCUCAGCGAUCAAGCUCUGAGCGACCACUGCCAUAACGCGUGCCACAACUCGCGUAUUCAGGACGACUGUCCCUGGCACGCGUUACAAUCGAAUUUUUCGUUUCGACUAUACCAUUAGGGUGUUUCAGAAAUAUAAUACUCUCCAACAAGAAAAGGGAAUCGGAAUACUCUUGAAAUAUUUAGAAACGAUUAUACGUCUAGUCGCUUGCUUAAAAUUUACUUCUCAAUACGAACAAUUCACAUUUCUUUACGUAUUAUUCCAUCGUUACACGUUCCAACUUGUUACGUACAGUACAAUUUUUAAAUAUUAUUCGACGAAAUAGAAAUCAGAAAAUUCAGAGAUCGAUUCUUCUCUUCGGCCUUUCCCGUGUCUUCUUCUUCGUCAAUGUGGAUUUCAAGAAAAUCUGAUUAUUAUCUAAUAGUAAGUUCCGUUUGUAGAUAUCGUUCGGAUAUACGUAUUUCCGAAACACCUUGCGAACGCUCGAUUCUCACAAAACGAAUUUUUCCUAGAAAAUUUAUAAUCGGUCGAGAUGUUAACAAGUAAAAUACCACAUGUUCUACCUUUUUCCCUCUCUUCUCGUUCUCCUUUUUUUUUUGAGAAACGGUUCACAUUCGUACGCUUAAAGAGCAAUCAACGAUAUUUGCAGUUAGUACGUACGUUUAAUUUCCUUUGCGGAAUACGAAAUUCCAGCGCCGCAGUUCUGCGUCAUCAUUUAUUGUUAAUAAAAGUAAUUCCCGUUUUCGUGUCGUGGGUACUUAGGACGUUACGAUAUACUUGUAGUAUAUAGGUAUAAGCUUAUUUGUUAUCGCGGAACUUUUAAUUCGUCGUUGAUCGUUAUACAAAUUCUAAACUCUUCCUUUUUUAGUAUAAUGUAUUUAUAACACGAGUACAUUCGGUCCUAAAUAUAAGUAUUUAUUUGUAAAUA